UCAGGUUGACGUUUAAAUUAUGACUGACACCCUAGCGCACUCUAUAAAAUUUUUCAAUCAAUAGUAAAACUAUUAAACUAAAAUAUCAUAUUUUCUUAAAACUUUAAUUCUCUUAAAUUGAUCAACAGCACAACAAAAAUGUAAUUGACCACUUAAAAAUAUAUUCCUACAUAUGUCGUUAUAUUCUCAGAAUUUAAUAUUCAGAGUAAUAUUUAUCAAAACCUUUUUAAAAUUGCCCUAUUAUCUUAUUUAUCAUCAUUAAAUUAAUACUCAAAAAUGAGUCAAGACAAAUUAUCUGAAUAUAUCGCAUACGAAAACGUCAUAAAAGUUCUGCUAAAUCUAAUCGGACUAUGGCCGCCUCAAAAGUCAACGUUACUCAGUCGAUCAAUAAUUUAUUUACAAAUGUCAACUUGUUUAUUGCCUUUCAUCGGUGUAUUUAAUUAUUUUCAAACCCAUUUUUUGAAUGUGUCACUUGCCACUAAAAGUUUCAGUCUGUUAGCAAGUUUUUUAACUGUUAUCGUUAAAGGAAUGUGUGUUGUAUUAAACCGCGAUGAUGUUAAAGAUCUACACGAAAUGCUGGAUUCACAUUACAACAAACUUAUACGGAAUCCAAAAAUGACAAACGUCAUAUUGAAACAAAUAACAACAUUUAGAUGGCUAUCUUAUGUUGCAAUAUUUUUCGUUGUUGUUGCUUGCAUGUCUUAUGUAAUAAUUCCAAUAGUGUUUGUUAUUUCCCAAUUGAUACAUGGAGCUGAACAUAUUAAGUAUCUUUUGCCAUUUCCUUCAAUUUAUAACUGGAAUAUUCCGCCAAAUGGUUUUCGUUAUCGGUUGCAUUUUUUAACUGAAUCUAUGACGAUCUUAAGUAUUAUUUGUAUUACUAUUGGUGUCGAUAAUCUUUAUUCACUUCAUGUUUUUCAAAUGAUUGGAUUUUUACGUGAAAUAUCAUACCGAUUAACGCAUACAGAUGACAAUCAGGAUAAAGAAGGAUCAAGUGACUUAAUAGUACGCGAAUGUGUUUAUCAAUAUGAAACAUUAAUUAAAUGUUGUAAAAAGCUCCAAAGAAUUUAUGGUCCAAUUAUACUCUGGACAAUGGGAACUAAUGCUGUAAUAUUAUGCGCAGUUACUUUUCAACUUAGUCAAAUGAGUUCAAUAUCUGUAGGGAGGAUAAUUUUAUUUACAGCGUAUGCAGGUGUUAAAUUGAUUCAAGUAUUCAUCUACGCAUGGGCGGGAUCACGUUUAACUGCUGAAAGUGAAGAUUGCAGAGCAGCUAUUUAUGCCGCUAAUUGGGUUGGAAAAAAACGCUAUAUGCGUUCAAUUAUUAUUAUGCUGUCGCAAAAACCACUAAUCUUGACGGCUUGUAACUAUUCAAUAGUUUCAGUUGAAAUGUUUGGAUCGGUUUUGAAUACUACAGCAUCAUAUUUUUUACUGCUCAACACUUUUGAAAAACCACCUGAUCUGGAUUCCCAUAUGACUUUUAUACAAAUUGACUGUACAAUUAAUUUUAAAAACUCAAAUCGUUUAUUUCGUCUCGUUAUUUUCAACAAUUUAUCAUCCACUACAAUUUUUUUUACAUCAAUUUUGUUAAAUGUCAGUCUUACCAUUAAACUAUCGACUACUAGGUCUUUCAUUUUUAAAACCAUGCAUUCGGAAAUGACGGAGAGACAUUUAGAAUAUAAAAAGUUCAAAAAUGUUAUGAAAUAUUUAUUGGCAAUCGUCGGUCUGUGGUCAUCAAAAAAAUCAAAUUUUUUAUUCCGAUCUUUACUGUAUUUGCAUAUAUCAUUUUUUUUAAUUCCAACUAUUGGCGUGUUCAAUUUUUUUAAAACACACAUUUCAAAUGUCAAUCUCGCUACAAAAAGCUUGAGUUUACUAGUCGGGUUUUCAACAGUUAUGGUGAAAGCAGUUUGCAUCCAAGUCAAACGUAAGGAAGUAAAUGAAUUGCAUGAAACCCUUGAUUCAUAUUAUGAUGAAUUGAUAAGGAAACCAAAAUUAUCAAAUAUCGUUUCUGAAGGAAUAACAACUUUUCGACGAUUGCCGAUAUUGAUAACGGGAUUUGUGACACUUACGUGCACUUCCUACGCAAUAGUUCCAAUUUUGUCAAUAAUAUAUCAAUGGAGACAUGAUAUACACCCAAUUAAAUAUAAUUUUAUUUUUCCAACUGCAUAUCCUUGGUACCCUUUACCCCAUACAUUUAUCUACAAUUUCCACUUUGUCAAUGAAUACUUAACAACAUUUAGCAUUAUUUUCGUAACUGGCAGUUUUGAUAGUCUUUUUAUUUAUCACAUUUUUCAAAUAAUUGGCAUACUCCGUGAAAUCGCACAUGAUAUAUCGCUUAUUGAUCAAGACACCAAUUCAGAAAUAAUUGUACGACAAUGUGUUAUCAAGUACGAAAUAUUGUUGGAAUGUCGCCAUAAAAUAGAAAAAAUUUAUGGACCAAUAAUACUAUGGACUAUGAAGACAAAUGCGAUUAUACUUUGCGCAGUUAUCUUCCAACUUUCUCAUGCAAAAACUAUACCUAUUAUGGUAGCAAUAAUAUAUGCAGGUCAUGCAGGAUUAAAACUAACACAAGUUUAUCUUUACGCUUGGUCAGGAACACGGUUGACUAUUGAGAGUGAUAAAUUAAGAGACGCAAUAUAUAAUGCUAAUUGGAUUGGAAACAAGCAGUUAAUAAAUUCAUUAGUUAUUAUGCUUACUCAAAAACCACUCAUUAUGAGAGCCUAUCACUUCACGACUGUGUCAAUUGAUAUGUUUUCAGCGGUUAUUAAUACAACAAUAUCUUACUAUUUAUUAUUGAAAACAUUUGAACCGAAUGUUUGAAUAUUCGGGGCUAAUUUUGAGAUUCUGAAAGACAGCAGUAAAUUUUUAAAACUGAUAUGAGUUUACUUUGACACAAUAAAAUAAAUAUUUUUAUAGAAUUUAAUGAUGGAACUUGCAAAUAAAAUCAUGUUUAGUU